AUGAGCAGCUUAUUUCUGCUGAGGAAAUCUUCCUCAUCCAAAAGGCUCGCUCUCACUGNGAGGAAAUCUUCCUCAUCCAAAAGGCUCGCUCUCACUGCGAUCAACAGUCUAUUAUCUGGGAAUUCAAUUACCAGAAAUUCCGUUGUUUCUCCUAAAUUUCAGAAUUAUGUCGCCACUUCCAGAGAAAGGGCACCAGUGCCUUCAUUUGCACAUUUCUAUUCAGCUACGAGAUGUUUUCACGCGGGCCGGGCCUUGCGGGCUGAGUAUGCAGUGGCUGAUUUAUCUGAUGCGGAUGACAGGAGAUCUUCGAGUGGGGUUGCGGAUGACGGGCUUGAGAUCGCGAAGCUUGGGAUUUCGCAAGAGAUUGUCUCCACUUUGGCUCGUAAGGGUAUCACUAAACUCUUCCCUAUUCAGAGCGCUGUUCUGGAACCAGCAAUGCAGGGGCGCGACAUGAUAGGUCGAGCAAGGACUGGAACAGGAAAGACAUUAGCUUUUGGUAUUCCAAUCAUGGAUAAGAUCAUUCAGUACAAUGAGAAGCACGGGCGAGGAAGGAAUCCGUUGGCCUUGAUCUUGGCACCAACUAGAGAACUUGCACGUCAAGUGGAUAAAGAAUUCUAUGAGUCUGCUCCUGGCUUAGAUACUCUAUGUGUUUAUGGGGGUGUGCCCAUUACACGCCAAAUGAGUUCUCUUGACCAAGGCGUUGAUAUUAUUGUUGGUACCCCUGGACGAGUUAUUGAUUUGAUCAAGAGGGGUUCUUUGAAUUUAUCAGAAGUAAAGUUUACCGUUCUAGAUGAAGCUGAUCAAAUGCUUAAUGUGGGAUUUGCCGAUGAUGUUGAGACUAUCUUGGGAUACAUGACACAGAAGCAUCAGACCAUGAUGUUUUCGGCUACUAUGCCUAAAUGGAUAUUAAAACUUACGCAAAAGUUCCUAAAGAAUCCGGUUACUGUUGAUCUUGUGGGAGAUUCUGAUCAAAAAUUAGCUGAAGGGAUUUCCUUGUAUGCAAUUGCAGCAGAUAUGCGUGAGAAACCAGCAAUGAUUGGAUCUCUAAUAACUGAGCAUGGGAAAGGAGGAAAAUGUAUUGUUUUUACCCAAACAAAACGUGAUGCUGAUCUUUUGGCAUAUGCCAUGCAAAGAAACUUUAGAUGUGAAGCCUUGCAUGGUGAUAUCUCACAGAACCAAAGGGAAAGAACUCUUUCCGGCUUCCGAGAUGGGCGAUUCAAUAUUUUAGUGGCUACUGAUGUAGCUGCUCGUGGCCUUGAUGUACCAAAUGUCGAUCUGGUGGUACAUUAUGAACUUCCAAACUCUUCAGAGAUUUUUGUUCAUCGAUCUGGACGAACUGGCCGUGCUGGGAAAAAAGGUAGUGCAAUUCUCAUCUAUUCAUCCCACCAGUACAGGGACGUCAAGGCUAUAGAACGUGAAGUUGGAUGCCGCUUUGUUGAGCUCCCGAGGAUUGCAGUUGAAGAGGGAGCUAUGGACAUGUACCGUGACAUGAACCGUGGUACCAGUGGUUUUGGUUCUAAUAGAAACACAGGGGGUGGUCGGUUUGGUGAUUCAGGAUUUGGCCGUUCUGGUGGCUCUGGUACUUAUAGGGGUGGUCGUUUUGAUGGACCUACUUCUGGUCGAUCAGGUGGUGGAUUUGGUGGAGGCCGCUCAGGCAAUUUUGGUGGUUUUGUGUCUGGCCGUUCAGGAGGUUUUGGAGACCUAGGUGGUUCAGAUCGGAAUAGUGGCUUUGGAAACCUUGGUGGUCCAAGCCGCUCAAGUGGUUUCGGGGAUUUUGGUUCACGUCGUUCCAAUGGUUUUGGUGAUUCAAAUUCUAGACAGAAUAUUCAGGAGGAGAUUUUUCUGAAGCUAUUUGAGCAUAAUUUGAAUUUAUAG